AUGGGCGAACCACUACCGACUAGUCAGGUGGGCUCCGACUCGGAGUUGGACGUCGAAGAUGACGACGAGGAAGACUGCGUCAGCACACAGCCGUCGUCGUCAACAGCCGCCGCCAAGAAGGCCGCCAACGCCCUGGGCUUCUCCAUCGCUCGCAUCAUGGCUCCGGACAAGGCGCACCGAAGUAGUGCCUCUUCGGCCACCACCUGUUCUCUCACGGCGAUGCUGCACGACUGGCGCCGAAAGCUGCAGGCCUCGGGGGCUUCCUGGUUCAGGCCCUCCUCUCUGCCGGACGGUGGCCCUCACCACAACGCGCUAGUCGAGCGUCAAGACUCGACCCUGGCCCUGGGCAUCGCCACGACUGCUCUGAGUCAACUGGCCAGGCUACAUCACGGCGGUAGCGGCGGUGCUCUCGUCUACCCGUGGCUACAGCAAGCCUCCGACGUCAUCUCCUCCUCAACUCCUGGAGGAGCGUCGGUGUUGCCAGACGUCGCGACCCAUGGCGAGCAGGUGACCGCGAGGCUGGUGCGACCUCAGCCACGCCUGGCGACCGCGGCGGGUGAAGUCCUGAAGCACUCCAGGCUGCAGGAGUCGGAAAAAGCCAGAGGAUUCGCCGCAGGCGGCGCGCCCAGUGCUAGCGGAGCCAACAAUAAGCAGAAGACUUUCACGUGCACCGAGUGCGGGAAGGUGUUCAACGCCCACUACAACCUGACUCGACACAUGCCCGUGCACACGGGCGCCCGGCCUUUCGUGUGCAAAGUGUGUGGCAAGGGCUUCCGGCAGGCCAGCACUUUGUGUCGCCAUAAGAUCAUCCACACCCAGGAGAAGCCGCACAAGUGCGCUACGUGCGGCAAGGCGUUCAACCGCAGCUCGACGCUCAACACGCACGUUCGCAUACACGCGGGCUUCAAGCCCUGGGUAUGCGAGUACUGCGGCAAGGGUUUUCACCAGAAAGGAAACUACAAGAACCACCGGCUCACGCACACGGGCGAGAAAGCGUACAAGUGCAGCGUGUGCAACAAGGCCUUCCACCAGGUGUACAACCUCACCUUCCACAUGCACACGCACAACGACAAGAAGCCAUACACGUGCAAGGUGUGCGGCAAGGGGUUCUGCAGGAACUUUGACCUCAAGAAGCACUCGCGCAAGCUUCACGAGAGUGUCGUCGCGUCCAGCACAACUCCGUCGCGCCGACCGUCGCCCGCCGAGACGGUGGCGAGGUUCCAGCAGCUGCACGCUCCGUUCGUAGCGGCAUCCGGCAUCCUCGUCGACCGCGCCAUGAUGCCCGCCGCACUCCUCUGA